AUGGCGGUUAGGGUCCGAUUGGGAUUUUGGACUUUUCGGGAGAGUAGGGCUUGUUUGGGGGACCGGAUUACACCAAAUUCAGAUUGGGUUUUUUCAUUCUUCGUUCUUUCCUCUCCUUCCCAUUUAGUUUCAUACUCACUCAGCCAGCCGCCAGCCAGCCGCCAGCCACCGAUUCCAAACCUCUCUCUCAACCAGCACGUCACAGUCACACCCCUCUCUGCCGCCGCUCUUCUCUUAGCCUCUCAGUCGUUGCAUUGCAGGUUUAGGUCUUCCAAGGGUGGUGCUGGGGUCUUGGAGCGCCCAAAGUUUGACCAAUCCCAAUUUGACCCUGCUACCCAGCUUGAACAAGGAGGAGAUAUUGGACGACUCAAGGACAAGAGAGGUAUUGGGAGUAGGGAUAGUUACAGAGUUUUGCUGGUUGAUGAUGUUCGCCACACUGAGAAAUUAGAUAUUAUGAGUUCAUCCACACCUAGCACCAUAGCUCCAACUACUUUUCAAUGUUAGGAGGAAUUUAAUUUGGGUUGUAAUGUAUAUUUGGUUGAAUUUGGGUUGUAUUUGGCUAGUAAUUUAUUUUGGAACUUAUUUUGUUGAAGUUUGAUUUAAUUUGGGUUGUAAUUUAUAUGUUGAAGUUGGAUUG